AAUCACUGCGACUUUUGCGUACUUUACCCUUGCGAAUUUGUAAGAAACUGUACAAAUCAUGCGAAUUUGAAUAAAACAGGACAAAUCAUGAAACUUGUGGAUUUAUACUUGCAGCACCAGAUGCGGAGGCGUUCUACGGCGGUGCCAAGGAGUUGUAGCAUGGGGAUGGGGAGGAUCAACGAGGACGACCCUUGUGAAUUUGGGGAGGACGCCGUCGCCAAAGUAGCUGUCGACGAAGACGACGCCGUCAUCAAAUCGGCCUCGUCAGAUUCACCGCCAGACGACUUUUCGCUCUUUUCCGACCCAUUUUUCCUUUGCCGGCGACUCUUCUCAACGAGAUCUGGACGGCGGGGAAAGCGGCCAGAGAGAUGGCGGACCUGGACGACGGUGAGCGCCUGUGUGAUUCCGGAGAUGCAGCUGCUGAAGAGGAAGCCGACGGUGCCGACGAGGGGGUCGCUGAAGCAGUCGGCAGCGCGGAUCUCGACAGAGACGGCGAAGGUGUCGCCACGAAGGAAGUGAGAGAGAGAGAGAGAGAGAGAGAGAGAGAGAGAGAGUGUGUGUGUGUGUGUCUAGGAGAAGAAGGGGGAGUUUUUGGCAUAAAAGUUAGAAAAAUUCUUAGUGGU